GUGUCAUUACCGGAAGACAGAAAAUCAACCACUUCCUCUGUUCGUACUUCCUCUUCUAUACAAGAGAAAAAGCUGCAAGCCCGCGCGAAAGUAGCCGCGCUCCGAAGUAAAAUUGUAGAAGAGGAGAUUAUUGAACAAAAAAAUUUGCUAGCCAAACAUGAAGCCCACUUAGCGAAAUUGAAAAUGAAGCAACAAUUAGCCGAAGCGGAAGCAGAAGUAGAGGUUUAUGAGGAAGCCGAAAACGAGCAAGAUCAAAUUCCUGCCCUCCCUAAAAAUAAAUUUCCAUCUCCAACCACGAAUAAUAACAACCUGAAUAAUAAAAUAACUCAUGAUAAUGUAACGCCAGCACCCCUCCCAGUUUCGCAAAAUGUGUCAGCACCUGAUAAAUCCAUGAACUACAAUGCACCACCUUUUACCCCUCCACCAAAUAGCAUACGUUCAGCCCCAGUCCAACAACAGAUUUUGGUGCCUAGUAACGAACAGAUACCCCACACCCCCACAUCAGUGCCUGAAAAUAGGCAGCUGUAUGAUAGUAACAAAGUUAUUUUAGAAGCACUGUCCCUCCAGAGAUUGCCUAAACUUACACCAAAGGUAUUUGAAGGUGACGAAAUGGAAUUUCUGCGUUGGGAAUCAUCCUUUGACGCCCUAGUGGCUUCAAACACCAAUGACUCCAAGACCAUGUUGCAUUACCUAUGCAAGUUUCUGAAAGGAGAACCACUGAAGAUGGUAGAACAUUAUCAGGACUUACACCACGACGCCGAUACUGCUUACCGUCGAGCUCGAGAGGAGUUGUAA